AUGUUGAUGGUGACUUGCAAUAGCAGCAGCCACCUGCGGAAUUUUGACGCUCUUGUUCGAGGUUCCAAAAAUGAUCAAGCCACAGUGUCUGAAGUUACGACAAAGGGAGACCCCAAUGUUCGCACAUUGACUCAGCAAGCGAGUACCAUCGCAUCGCUGUCCAAGACUCAAACGCUUUUCGAACAUCAACCUCUGAAUGCUAGCGGGCCAGAAACGGGCCAUCUCGUAUAUCCUGUUAGCAAUUUGGCAAAAGAUCCUGUACUUGAACAGGAGCCAGAAACAAGUCCUAGAGGAUUCGGCGAAGUCAAUAAUCGCACUCAAGGAAAAGAGUUUUAUGGCCCUGCUGCCACACUAGCCUUCCUACUAGAGCUACGGCGAUGCGCGAGAGUCUACCAACAAUUGAGAGGGUUGCCCUACAGUGAGAUAAUACUCUCGACAAACGAAAAUUCGGCCGAACCCGCCUCAUCAAUUGUGAACUUCUUACACGGAGAUGAUGAGAUUUUAGCAGAUAUCACCGAACCCAUCCAAGAAGACAGCUUCAACCCAGUUGGAACGAAUGUCAGUCUCAGCACGGUAUCGACACCACCCGUGGUUGAUCUCCCAUCGAACCAGGAGGUUGAGAAAGAAUGUAUCAAUCUGUAUUUUGCUAAUUUGCAUUUGAUCUACUUUUUCCUCGAUAGGACUUCAUUCGAAAAGCGGUGCCAGGAAGAGAUGUGGUCUUUCACGGAUGCUUUCACUCCAGGGAAACACAAAUCACGUCGCCAACGAUCCAGAUUUCCUGCUUUAUACAACGCCGUGGUAGCUGUUGGUGCGCUGACUGCAGAGGAUGAUACUUUAGUAAACAAGUGCCACGGAGAAGUACAAGCAUUUCUAAAAAGUUCCUCUCGUCAAGAUGGCCAAUCAUUAGGAUAUCAGCCACUUGCACUGGCUUCUAUCUACUUCGCAAAAGCGAAGGUGCUCCUGGGCGACAUGUUUGAGUCAUGCUGCUUGGAAGGACAGCAGACUCUAUUCCUCAUGUCCAUCUUCUGCCAGUAUGCACUAAGACCACACGGCUGCUAUAUGUACAGUGGCAUGUCUGCGAGGACCGCAUUGGCCAUUGGCAGCGCUAAUGAACCAGAUCUGAAGAAGAAUCCAUUGGAGGCUGUUCGUACCUGGUGGUGCAUGUACUAUCACGAAAUUGAAGUCUGCUGUUCACUAGGGAGGGAAACACUUCUGAGAGAGCCAUCUUAUUAUCCUGUCUUCAUGGCCAAGUUCGGCGAAAGGAUGCCUCCGAAUUUCGGACGAGAUGACGACUAUGUCUUGUUUUUCGCACGGGCUAUGACGGAGCUGGCACAAAUCUUGAAACGUACCUCAGAAGACAUAUACCAUAAUCCCACCUCCAAACCCAUUGAUCAAAAGUCUCGAGAUGCGCUCACGUUAGAUCAGAUGCUCCUUCAUUGGAAACAGCAGUUGGCUCCGAUAUUUGAUCUGGAGAAUACCUCCUUGACCGAGAAGGAGCUCAUCACCAAAAGAAAGGUGGUUCUGAAACUCCGUUUCUACAGUGCCAGAAUAUUAAUUCACCGAACAUUCCUGAUUACCGCUGCAUACUCCAAGGCGUCCAGCAGUCUCUCCGCCAAUGUUGAUAUCUGCCUGUUGGCUGCCCGUGAGACUAUUCGCCUACUUUACGACACCUUCAUGAAUCGACCCUUUUUUCGAACAUGGUGGUACAACACCACCUAUGCAUUCAAUGCCAUCACAAUCAUCCUUUACGUACUAGUCUCUCCUCUGCAACCUGAGAAUAGCGAGGACUUAUUGGGCGAUGUGGAGAAGACCUUGAAAAUCUUCCAUGCCAUGUCUGGAAUUGCCGUUGCGCGCCGCUGCGCAGAGCUUACCGAGGAGAUAUUCGCAAUUGCAAAGAUAUCCAUUCAAGGCCAGCGGCAAAACCAGCGGAAUCAUCAAGCGAAUUAUCAGAUGGAUGCGACUAGCAAGGACGGAUUGGACCUGCUCAGCGGAAUCGAAAGUGCCCUGGCCUCUCCCAAGAUGCCCUCUGAAGAUCCAGGCGAGGCUUCAAGUACCACAAGAAUCAACGACAACGAGCGACAGGGAUUUGAUGUGAUGGACGACGCCUUUUUCUCCAAUAUCAUGGAUGUCAACUUUCUCGACAACUUUGACGCAAACUUAUCAGCCAUGAAUUUUGAUGGGUCACCGUUUGAGACACUGGGUUUUGAGUGGAACCCAUCACUGAAAUGA